AUGCACGCGGCGUCCGCCGCGCACGCCGCGCACGCCGCGCGCUACGGCCCGCCAAUGUCCAGCACACCGAUGGGCGCACCGCCCGCAUGCGGGAUGCCUUCAGCGACGGCGCAGCAACUCGCGCCUGCGCCCGGGCCGCCCCGCUCGGUGCCACUGGUGACCUUGCUAGACCCGCCGCUCGCACCGGACGGGCAGCGAGAGUUCUCGCGCGCCGAGGCUCACGGCUGCUACCUCACCACCCACGGGACUGAACCCACGCUGGAUUCGACCACUCUGGAGGUAUGGUACGCGUAG